AUGCCCAAGUCCGCGCGCAAAAACAGCAAUGGCAUCACAAAAUCCGACCCCUACGCCGGAGCUUCAUCGCGCAAAGCCAAGGCUGGAGCCAUCAAGAACAACGUCUUUCGCAUGAACACAGACCUCGGCCAGCACAUUCUGAAAAAUCCAGGUGUGGCUCAAGCAAUUGUCGACAAGGCAGAUGUCAAGCAGUCGGAUGUAGUGUUGGAGAUCGGCCCGGGUACGGGGAAUCUGACAGCGCGCAUACUGGAAAAGGCAAAGAAAGUUGUUGCAGUGGAGAUGGAUCCUCGCAUGGCUUCAGAAAUCACCAAGCGCUUCCAAGGCACACCCGCAGCGAAGAGAUUGGACUUGAUUCUGGGGGAUGUGAUCAAGAUGGAGAAGCUCCCAUACUUUGACGUUUGCAUAUCAAAUACGCCCUACCAGAUCUCCUCACCACUCACAUUCAAGCUUCUGGCUACAUCUCCCUCACCGCGCUCGUGCGUACUCAUGUUUCAACGAGAAUUUGCCAUGCGACUGUUCGCGAAACCGGGCGACAAGCUGUACUCGCGAUUGAGUGUGAACUGUCAAAUGUGGGCGAAAGUGGAUCAUGUCAUGAAAGUCGGCAAGAACAACUUCAACCCACCACCACAAGUCGAAUCGAACGUCGUGCGAAUCUCGCCGAAGAAUCCUCGCCCACAAAUCAGCUACGACGAGUGGGAUGGCUUGCUCAGAGUCUGCUUCGUGAGGAAGAACCGAGUGCUGAGAAGUGCCUUCAUUGGCACGAAUACCGUCAUGGCUAUGCUCGAGUCGAAUUACCGCACUUUCUGCGCUCAGAACGACAUACCUCUCGACGAAGGCCCUCUAGAAGGCGGCGAUGAAGAUAUGGACGUCGAUGCAGCUGCGGAAAACGAGGAAGAGGAUAUCAUGAUGGAUAUGGACGAAGACGAUGAUCUACCAGACUUCUUCAAGGAAGAGGCAGAGAAGAAGGCGAAAAAGCUCGCAGACAAUCCAAAUCGAAAGAGGAAAGGCAAGGUUGCGGAACUGGUGAGAUCAAAGGUGAAAAAGGUACUCGAGGAGAACAAUCUCGCCGAAAAGCGCGCUCGAAUGUGCGAUGAAGGAGAUUUCCUGAAAAUGCUGUACGGCUUCAACCAGGAAGGCAUCCAUUUUGCAUAAAUGGCGAGCAAAGAUGUACGUUACGGCACGGACAAUGAGCAGCAUGAUUAUGAUACCC